AUGCUAACAAAUUCUCAGUACCGGCCCAGAGUUGAGAAUGUUGGUGGUGUUUCAACCCCCUGCCUCGAAGAGCACGUAAAACCAUCAGUCCUGUCAUCGGAAUUUGAAAUGAAAGGAAAAGAAAGUGCACCUGUGUCUCCGCGUACAGUUGUGGUCCACUUGUGGUCCACACUUGUGGAAUGGUUAGUCUUACUGAGAUUGACCGCCGUGGACGAAAUCGGUCAGGUGAACAUUAUUAUCAUUAUUGCU